CUGUCCUCAGAUUCCUUCUCGAUUUAAUAAAUCUCUUUGUUUCCCCCCCCCCCCUUAAUUCAUGAUUAUCAGGCUUUAAUCACUUCCUGCCCAAUCUCUAAUCUCUCGCCAUCAAUGGUGGCGACAGGCGGGUGAUAGGUAAAUAAAGAAUCCGUCAACAAACAUAAUUGGCGUAUCUGGAUAAAAAAAGGAAGGAGAUCUCCAUUCACGCGAUUCAAAGGAGCGGAAAGCGUCCGAAACGACGGCGGCGCCGGUGGAACAAACCACCCAUUCAGCCUGCAGUUAUGAAUCCCACCGCUUUGAGUCGCAUCUGAACUGCGGGGCAGUUGACUUCUGCUGCUAAUUCUUGAGGAUCGGAGAGUUGAUCGGAGAUGGAAGAAACGCAGGGCAGCUCUAGUUCUCUGCCGCCUUUCCUCACAAAGACGUAUGAGAUGGUCGAUGAUCCGUCAACAGAUUCAGUAGUCUCGUGGAGUGCCAGUAAUAAAAGCUUCAUAGUAUGGAGUCCGCCGGAGUUUUCCCGUGAUUUGCUCCCCAGAUUCUUCAAGCACAACAACUUCUCCAGCUUCAUCAGACAGCUCAAUACUUAUGUAGGCUUCAGGAAAGUAGACCCAGAACAAUGGGAAUUUGCCAACGAGGACUUCAUCAGAGGUCAACCACACCUUAUGAAGAACAUCCACAGAAGGAAGCCUGUUCACAGCCACUCUAUGCAGAGCCUACAACAAGUACAAGGAUCUAAUGGUAACAACAACCCCUUGUCAGACCCUGAAAGGCAGAGUUUGAAAGACGACAUCGAGAGGCUUAAACACGACAAAGAAGUGCUCGUCGUCGAGUUACAGAGGAAAGAGCAAGAGAGACGAGCGUUCGAGCUGCAAAUGCAGGUUCUGAGAGACAAAUUUCAAGAACUCGAACGGCGUCAGCAGACGAUUGCUUCUUGCCUUACAAAGGCAAUGAAUACACCACCAGGGCUAGCCCUGGAUCUCAUGCCACAGCAGGUAGAAGUUCAUGAGAGAAAGAGAAGGCUGCCUAGAAUCGGUUGCUUCGAAGAAGAACUCAUGUCGGAGAACACCAACAACAACGACAGCAAUCAAAUGGAGAUAUCAUCAGCAUGUCUGGCUAGAGAAAAUGUAGAGAAGUGUGAGCUGUUGGAGUCAUCUUUGACAUUCUGGGAGAACGUUGUGAACGAUGUCAGUCAAACAACAACUGCGACACCAUUCAAUCAUCACCAGUACACGCCGUCGCUGGUGGAAAUGGAUGAGUGUACAAGCUGUGCAGACAGCCCAGCACAAUCCAUCAUGCAGCUGAACAUAUCAGAUGUUGUUGUUCAUCCCAGAUCCCCAGGAAUAGACAUGAAUUGUGAGCCUGUAACAACUAGUGAGCUCAGCCCGCCAAAGGAGCAGGCAAGUGGAACAACAACAACAGAGCCGCCUGCUGCUGCUGCUGCUGCUGGGGUGAAUGAUGUUUUCUGGGAGCAACUGUUGACAGAGAAUCCUGGUUCAGCUGCAGCUGCUGAUGCACAGGAAGCUGAGUCGGAGAGAAGGGAUUCAGGUGACAAAAGGAAUGAGAUCAAACCUAGCAGUAGUGACCAUGGAAGGAAUUGGUGGAAUAUGAGGAGUGUAAAUAGUCUUGCGGGGCAGGUGGGGCCUCUUACCCCUGCUGCAGGAAGAACUUGAGAACAGAAACAUUCCUAUUUGGUUGUUUUGAUUUUUUGCCUGGCCUUUUCCACUUGUUGAGAUAGUUGCACAUGUAAUAAAACUAUGUACACCGAUUGGGUCUUCUUGUGAUAUAUGAUAUAGAAGAGUAGUUCAGUGUUUUUUCUUCUUUUUACAGUAUGCUGAUCUUCUUAUAUUGUGCAUCGUGUCUCUUGUUGUUCGACUUUGCAUCUUACCAGGAAGAUGUCUGUCUGUCUAUUUUGUGCUUUUUUUUUUUUGUGUUCUGUUCUGUUGUUAUUUUGCAAGAAAUUCUGGCUGCUGCGAUCAAAUGCUACAACUCACUCCAUGUUUUACAGUUUGAUAUCAUUCUUCAUGUUUUUUCUCUGUAAUUUUUUGGAUUAGGAAAUCAUAAGGGU